GGGCAGAGGGAGGGGACAGGCGGCCGGCUGCCCAUCAGUGGGCGCAGAGGUCCGGCGAGCCCCACGCCGCUCGGCUGGGAGGCUUUUCUCUGACAUUUUUACUAGUCUCGGAAGGAGGAGGAGGUGGAGGUGGAGGAGACCGAGGGGGGCAGAGAGGGGCUGGGGGACAAGAGGCGAGCGGCUGCUGGGCCUGGGCGCCCUGAAGAGAGGAGGCGCGGGACCCACGGGCGGCAGGGCCGGCGGGGCAGGACAGACGGCAGACAGACGGGGGGCGUCAGAGCCAGAGAGGGGCCGGGCACCCACAGGGGACAGGGGCGCAGCGGCAGAGCCAGCGAAGGAGGGAAGGGGCGAGGGCCCAAGGGGCAGGGAGUCCGCAGACGGAGGCUGCCAGACAGGGGCCUUUGAAGAAGCGGCGGCUGCGUCCCCAGGGCUGAGGUCACGCCAGGUCACAGCAGCGGCGGCGGCAUGAGUGGCCUGAUGCUCCUGAGGCGGAAUCCCAGCAGACAGGGCCUGGACGGCCUCCUGAGGCUCACCACCCAGUGGAACAUAGAGGACAAGGAGGAGGCCGCCCGUGAGCGGCGCCGGCGGGAGCGCGACAGGCAGCUGCGGGACCAGUACGAGGAGGGAGGCAGCCAUGCCCCAGAGCCGCCGGAGCAGGAGGCGCUAACAGAGCAAUCAAGUGUCCGUGACCACUUUAUGUCCCUCUCCACCCAUAGGCACCCCCGGCCCACCUAUGAAGAUGAGGACAGUGAUGGGCUGAACCAAGCUGAGGCCUGUUUGGAGGAGUUGCAUCUGAGGCAGGAGGGGCCAGGCCCAGAGGAGACUGCCCAGGGCAGUCUGGGGGCAGAGGACGAGGUGACAGCUCCCCCCAAGGGGACGCCCAGCCCCUUGGCCUUGGAGGAGCCCGCUGAGCAGAGAUCACCUCCCCUGAGUCCCACCACCAAACUCAUCGACAGGACCGAGUCCCUGAACCGUUCCAUACAGAAGAGUAACAGUGUGAAGAAGUCCCAGCCGGCCCUGCCCAUCUCCACAAUCGAUGAGCGGCUGGAGCAGUACACCCAGGCCAUCGAGACUGCUGGCCGGACCCCCAAGCUAGCCCGCCAAGCCUCCAUAGAGCUGCCCAGCAUGGCCGUGGCCAGUACCAAGAGUCGAUGGGAGAUGGGAGAGGUGCAGGCCCAGUCUACGGCCAAGACCCCUUCCUGCAAGGAUAUUGUAGCUGGAGACAUGAGCAAGAAAAGCCUCUGGGAGCAGAAAGGAGGCUCUAAGACCUCAUCCACAGUUAAGAGCACCCCAUCUGGGAAGAGGUACAAGUUUGUGGCCACUGGACAUGGGAAGUAUGAGAAAGUGCUCGUGGACGAGGGUGCCAUGCCCUAGGCUGCCCACAUCGCUUCCGGGUCCGCAGGUGCAGGCUGACAGCACUUUCCAUGUUCCCUGGGGAGGUUCCGGCUAGAUCCCUGACCCCAGCCCUGGCUAAGAAGUCACUUCCUGUAGCCAGCCUGGCCUGGCUUGGUUCCCCAGCAUCUCCCACGGCCACCCCACCUCUCCCUGCUCUUGGACCUCCCAUCCUCUCUCCCCUCCCACUCUCUGACCCCCCAACUCUGCCUCUCACAGCUGGUGGGAGGAAAGAAACGCCCUGACCAUUGGUUAACGGGACCCAUCCUAGGAGACCAACAGCCCCCUAGGAAGGCGGGAGAUUGGAGCACAACCUGCUCAGAGAAGGCUGGUCACCCUACCAAUUCCAAGGGGUGCCUGCAGGGGGACCUCCAGGCUGACAGCCACUGACGCCCGUGCUGGGUGCUCAGGACUCUGCGUCCCCCUCCCCAUUGCUUGCAGCCCCCACCCCAUUUUGUGUAAUAAAGCUUGUGGUGUGCUCCAUG